AUGGCCUCGAUCAAACGACAAGCGUCCGACAGCUUUAGCCAGCCAGGGGCCUUGGUGAAGAGACAAAAGUCUAGUUCAGACCUCAAUGAUACUCAGGCCCUCACAAUCGGCGCGAGAGAUCAGAAUGGCACUCUUGUGCCUUCUGCUCUCCGGACGAGCGCACUCCCCGCGCCCAUUAUGGAAUUGACAGGUCACUCCGGCGAGAUAUUUGCAGCCAGGUUCGAUCCUACCGGUCAACACAUUGCCUCAGGGUCUAUGGACCGGUCGAUAAUGUUGUGGAAUACCUACGGACAAUGCGAAAACUAUGGAAUAAUGACGGGUCACAAGGGUGCCGUACUGGACUUGCAGUGGUCCCGAGAUUCCAAGAUAAUAUAUUCUGCUUCUGCAGACAUGACAGUGGCAAGCUGGGACCUCGAAACUGGACUGAGGAUACGCAAGCAUGUCGGUCACGAGGAGGUCAUAAAUUGCUUGGACCUUAGCAGACGGGGUCAAGACCUGCUGCUGAGUGGUAGCGACGAUGGCUGCAUAGGAAUCUGGGAUCCUCGGCAAAAAGCCGCCGUCGACUAUAUCGAGACCGAAUUCCCAAUUACUGCGAUAGCCAUGGCUGAACAAGGUCACGAAAUUUAUUCUGGAGGGAUCGACAACGACAUCAAGGUUUGGGAUGCUCGUAAGAUGGAGGUCACAUACACGCUGAGUGGCCAUGGCGACACCAUCACCUCGCUGGAAGUCUCACCAGACUCACAAACGUUGCUCUCCAAUUCCCACGACUCGACGGUACGAACUUGGGACAUCAGGCCGUUUGCACCUGUGGAUCGGGCCGUGCGUGUCUACGACGGUGCGCCAGCGGGAUUCGAAAAGAACUUGAUCCGUGCAAGCUGGAGUCCGAAAGGAGAUAAAAUCUGUGCCGGGUCGGGCGACCGUACAGUGGUGGUGUGGGACGCUCGAUCCGCCAAACUACUGUAUAAAUUGCCUGGCCACAAGGGAACGGUCAAUGAUGUACGGUUUUCGCCGACUGAAGAACCCAUCAUUGUUUCUGCUUCGACCGAUCGGAAUCUUAUGCUGGGUGAGCUCGGAAGGUGA